AUGAGGGCAAUUAUAUUGGUCUGGAAACUACUUAAUCUUGAGGGUAUUUUGGAGAUUUUAGAUGUCAACGAAGUAGUUGCAUUGACUCGCAAGUCGCAAGUCAUCCAUUUUCAUGUUUCCAGUCUAGCGCCUCUUCCUCCUAGCCAACUUGUUAACUGGGAGGUUGGGGCCAUCAAAAGAAACAAUACAGAGGAUGAUGGUGGUGUCACUUCUAUUGUUUCUUUUCUUGGCGGAUACUGCGGUUUUGAUAAAGAUAAACUCUGCUGCUUCUAUAAGGAUAAAAGUCAUCUCAAGACUAGAACAGGGGGACGUGCAUUAAGAAAUAAAACAGGCGGACGUGCAUUGAGAAAUAAACUCAUUAUAGUUGGUGUUACUGCUGUAGUCAUUAGCGGAGCAAUAGGACUGCUGCUUUCUCGUAAAAUCAAAUCACGGAGGCGAAUAAUUGGAUUAUGCAAGACAUCUAAGGAUGACCAAAAUAUUGAGGCCUUCAUUAGAAAUCAUGGUUCUCCAGCUCUCACAAGAUAUAAAUUUGCGGAUGUCAAGAAAAUGACCAACUCUUUCAAAGAUAAAUUGGGACAAGUUGGUUAUGGUUCUGUAUACAAGGGAAAACUCCUCAAUGGCCGCCCUAUUGCUGUAAAGUUAUUGAAGGCAUCAAAAGAGAAUAGAGAAGACUUUAUCAAUGAGGUUGCCAGCAUCAGUAGGAUUUCCCAUGUAAAUGUUGUUACCCUUCUAGGGUUUUGUUUUGAAGGCAAACAAAAGGUUCUCAUAUAUGAAUUUGUGUCCAAUGGAUCUCUUGACAAGUUCAUUCACAACAAUGCAUACAAGAAUAGUCUAUGCUUGACUUGGGAAAAUUUGUACCAAACUGCAAUUGGGAUAACUCGAGAACUUGAGUAUUUGCAUAGAGGAUGCAAUACUCGAAUUCUACAUUUUGAUAUAAAGCCACAUAACAUCUUUUUAGAUGAAAAUUUUUGUCCCAAGAUCUCAGAUUUUGGUCUUGCUAAGCUUUGUUCUAAAAAAGAAAACAUCAUUUCAAUUUCAGAAGCGAGAGGAACAAUAGGAUAUCUUGCUCUGGAAGUUUGGAAUAGAAACAUAGGUGGAGUUUCGCAUAAGUCUGAUGUUUAUAGCUAUGGGAUGAUGCUAUUAGAUAUGGUUGGAGGGAGAAAGAACAUGAAUGUUGAAGCCAAUUGUUCGACUGAUAAAUAUUUCCCAAAUUAUAUUUAUACUCAACUUGAGCAAGACAGCGGUUUGGGAUGUAAUGGGUUCGAUAACAAGGGGGAAAAUGAUAUUGCAAAGAAAAUGACCAUUGUGGCUUUGUGGUGCAUCCAAACAUUUCCAGGUCAAAGACCGACAAUGAGUAGAGUGAUUGAAAUGUUAGAAAGAAGACCUGACUUGCUGGAAAUGCCACCAAAAUCUGUCAUGCCUUCCCCUCUCACAUUAGAAAUAGAAUCUUCCACCACUGCUACUACCACAACAGAAAUUGUGGGUUUUCAAAGCCCUUCCCACAUGUUGCUAGAGGAACACUAGUGUUCGGAAAUGUGAAAGAAGUGCAGGUGGGGUCUCAUAGUACGGCAAAGGAUCUAGUAGGAAUCA